GGCCGGACCUUCACACAGAUGUGAAAGAUUAGCAGCGUCUCAUUUUUCCAAAGGCUUGAGCCGUGGAGUUUGUGCCUGUCAGGAGCUCAUGUGGGAAGUAAGCUUUGUUCACUGUCACAGUUUCUCCCGGCUCCGCGUGUUGGAAAGAUGUACGAGCGAUACAAGCGGAGGUAUAGUUUGUGCGCCAAAGGAGAGACAACUGUGGAUGUAGUUUUAAUCAAGAUCCACAGAGACAAAGACGCACUCUGUUCCAGUGUUUCCCAAAAGAGACACAGCCUGUCCACAGACGGUUCACGGUAUCCGGAGUUUCAGACUUGCAGGUCUGAAUUGGUUUCUUUUCGAGACUCGGGCAGCGAUACAGAUGGAUUUCUUAGUCCUGAUGCUGGAGAGGAUAAUGUCUUCAGAAAGGGUCAGGGGUCAGUAGGAGGAGGUGACAGCACCAGCGAGGUCUCGGUCUCCUGCUCCUCCACAGACGACACAACCAGCGUGGGACGUCCCAGCUCGUCCGCCGAGAGCUCAGAGGAGUCCCAACUCAGAGGAGAAGCGGAGGACGAGGCUAAAGACAGACUAACAGAGACGCCGCUGCCCGCUUCUCUCUUCCGCUCCUCUGGACGACCCCUCUCUCCCUUCCGCAGACACAGCUGGGGUCCUGGAAAGAACCAGGCGGGAGAGGAAGAAAUGAACCAGCGCAGUUCUGUGCAAAAUGCAGGAGAGGGGAAGCCUGUGUUUUACAGAAGAAGUUUGAGCUGGUGUCCCAGUGAACCCUGCCCAGAACUGGAAGAGAUUAGAAAACUCAUCAGUUACAGUCUAGAGGGUCUGGCAGCCGGGAUCGAGGAUGGCAAACGCUGGCGGUCUGGAGCUCCGUCUAAAGAUCAACGGGGGGUUCAGCGUCAGGACAGCGAAGACAGAGGCUCACUCAUGUCCCUCACCGAAGAAGGUCCCGAAUCCGAUUUAGGAGAAUGCAGAAGUCCAGGCAUUCAGAAAUCCAGGAAAUAUCAUCAGUUCCGAAACAGCAGUUCAUCCGUGACGCUUCCUCUCACAAAAUCAGUCUCCAUGCUGUCCAUCAGUCAACGGGACUUAGAUGCAAUAGGAAGGAUUCGGAGAAAGAGACGGAUCUCUUUUACCUUCAACCUCUCACCGAUUCUCCCCAAAUCUAAAAGUGUCAUUACUGUCAGCUCUUCAUCUAGUGAUGAGGAGGACAUUAUAAGCAUGACGUCAUUCAGCACUGCCGGUAAUAUGGGAUACAGCAUUACAGAGGAGGAACCGGGACCUUUAAGAGGAGAUUUUGAGAAAAGUUCUACCAAAGUGAGCCGGACGUUCAGCUACCUGAAGAACAAAAUGUACAAGAAAGCACGAGAAAAAGAAAAGGAAAAGAAUCGCGAAAAAGACAGAGAGGCCAAAGAGAGAGAGAAGAAAUCAGUGAAUGGGCACCUGUUUACCGCAGUAAACUCUCUGCAUCCGGCUUUGUGUCAGCAGUGCAAUAAAACGCUCAACACUAAAGAUGCUGUCCACUGCACAAAUUGCAAUAUCAGAGUUCAUAAGAGUUGUAGAGAAAACAUCCCUAUUUGUCUUAAAAGCAGAAUGAAGCAGUUUGCAAUACCAGAGUCCACCACCAUGCCUGUCGUCACUCUACGAACAAAAUCGUCCACGCUUCGGGAGAGACCAUGGUCUGCUAUCUUUUCCCCAGAGGAACAUUCUGUGAUCAUUCCAUCCAGGCGACCCACUAGUAUUAUGCCCUUCCACAGCAGCAACCUCUCCAAAAGCAUGUCCAUCAACAAUAUUGCAAUGUUUGACGACAUGCCUCUUAGUGGUCGGCGGUAUCUAUCUCAAUCCACAGACUCGCUCCAUAAACCCAAUAAGGUCACAGCGUCCAAUGAGUCUCUAGACGAAGGAACUGAGAUGGUCGACAGUCGGCUGAUGGGAGAUUUUGAAGCAGACGUUAAAGAACUGGAGGCCGACUCCUGGAGCCUUAUUGUAGACAAGAAAUAUCUGAAACAACUCAAGAAGGACAUCAUUAAGAGACAAGACGUCAUCUAUGAGCUGAUCCAGACAGAGAUGCAUCACCUGCGGACGUUACGGAUCAUGUGUGAUGUGUACAGCAAGGGUCUGUUGAUGGAUCUGCAGCUGGAGCCCCAGGCGGUGGAGAAGAUGUUCCCCAUGCUGGAUGAUCUGCUGGAGCUGCACUCCUUUUUUUUCAGCGCUCUGCUGGAGAGAAAAAAAGAGGCCCGGCUGGACGGGACAGACGGAUUCUUGAUCCACAGGAUAGGAGAUUUGCUGGUCAGCCAGUUUUCAGAUUCCAACGCAGAAAGCAUGAAGAGAAUCUAUGGCAAAUUCUGCAGCCGACACAACGAAGCAGUCAACUUCUACAAGGAUCUGCAUGCCAGAGACAAACGCUUCCAGGCCUUCAUCAGGAAAAAAAUGAGCAGCAGUGUUGUCCGGCGCCUGAGCAUCCCAGAGUGCAUAUUACUGGUCACUCAGCGGAUAACAAAGUACCCGGUGCUUUUACAAAGGAUCCUGCAGCACACCAAAGAGAACGAGAAGGAUUUUGAGGACUUGACGCAGGCUUUUCAGUUGUUGAAGGAUAUAAUUGCGUCGGUGGACAGUAAAGUAAAUGAACAUGAAAAGAAGAAGAAGUUGAAGGAGAUCUACGGCCGAACGGACAGCAAGUCCAUCACGCGGAUGAAGAGCGGACAGAUGUUUGCUCGAGAGGAUCUUGUGCGCGGACGCAGGCUUCUUCAUGAUGGGCCUCUGCAGCUGAAGAACACAGCUGGACGACUCAAAGAUGUCCAUGCUCUUCUUCUUUCUGAUGUCUUGGUGUUCCUUCAAGAAAAAGACCAGAAAUAUGUUUUCGCAUCUCUGGACCAGCGCGCCACCGUCAUUUCCCUUCAGAAGCUGAUUGUGCGUGAGGUGGCACACGAGGAGCGCGGCCUCUUCCUCAUCACCGCCGGCAUCGCAAACCCAGAGAUGGUGGAGGUUCACGCCAGCUCGCGAGAAGAGCGCAACACCUGGAUGCAGAUCAUUCAGGAUGCCAUGCACUCCAUAGAAAAAGAUGAUGAUGAGGGCAUCCCGAGUGAAACAGAAGAAGACAGGAAGCUGCUUGAAACCAAGACUAGAGAAAUGAGAGAAAUGCUCCAGAGGAAGGAUGAGCAGAUCGUGUCGCUCCUGCUGGAAAAGAUGAAGAUCUUUCGGGAGAUGUGCGGUUCGUCUGAAGACCCACAGGUCAAGAUGCUUUUCAGGUCCAACAACGAGGAGGUGGCGAAGGGGGAGCCCAUCAUGACAGACGCUCUGAGAGAGGUGGAGAUGCUGCAGGCGCUGGUGAACAGCAGUCUGGGCGGAGCAGUUGGGCAGCAGGUGGCCUGUGCGCAGGGUAUCAUGGGACCCGUGUGUCUCCCACGAAGAGCCGAAACCUUCGGAGGCUUUGACUGCCACCAGAUGAACACCUGCAAACAUGGUGAGAAAGAGGAGGCUGAAGAUCUGCGGAGGACAGAGUCUGACAGUGUGCUGAAGAAGGGAGGAAACGCCAACCUGCUGCUGCUGCUCAAGAAAAACAGUGAGCAGGUUCUAACUAGCGUCACUCACCUUCAUGACCUCCUGAGCUCUCUUCAGGCUGUGGUCUUGCAGCAGGACACGUUCAUCGAGGACCAGCGUCAGGCCCUGAGCGAGCGUACCCCAUCCCGGCCUUCCUCUCGCCCUCCAUCACUGGUGGAGCAGGAAAAGCAGCGCAGCCUGGAGCGCCACCGACAGGACGCCGCCGCUCUGCUCCGCCAGCAGGCGGCUCACGCUGAGGAGAAGAAGCGCAAGGAGAAGGAGUGGGACGUGAAGGAGCGUGAACUGACCGACCGCGAGGUGCUGCUACAUGUCAGGGAGGAGGAGGUGCGCAGGCGAAGCAGAGAGAUGGAGGAGGCGCAGGUCCAGCUCCAGGGGCGCAAGGAGGACUAUCAGAAAGAUCUGGAGCGGCUGAGAGAUGCUCAGAGGAAGCUGGAGAGAGAGAGAGAGCAGAUGCAGAAGGAGAUGGAGAGAGUCGAGCACCUGAGAGAGGUCCAGGCUCGUCUUCAUCGCACCCCAUCCAGCACAUCCGAGGAUUCGCUGAAGCUCCACAGCAGCAGCUCCAUUGAGCGAGAGGCUUGGGAGAGCGAGUUAUCGUCGAGUCCCCGGAAAAACUCUCUGUCCCGCAUGGACUCCAAACAGAAGAGCCGCAGCCUGUUCUCUCUGGGUGGAAAGAGUCAGAGCACAGAAGGACAAAACCAGAUGCCCACACGACUGCUUCAGCUGGCCACAUCCAAGGAGAAGAAGGACAAGAAGAAGAAGAAGAGCAAAAGCCAGACUCCUCAGGAUGCAGCUUCACAUCUGCUGCCUCUGACGGAGCCGGCUGUGGAUGGAGAGAUCUUCUUCUGCUGACUUUUACCCAUCAUCCCUUCUGUCUCCUGGAAUCUUGAUCAGAUCAUGUAGGAAGUCACCCUAAGUGCCCUCUUCACGGUUCGGCAGAAGCAGUUUUGCUCCGACGAUCUCUUUAUAGAGUAAUGAAUCUCCCCAAACCCCAAAUUCAAAAGAAGAAUAAGGAAUAAUACUUGGCUUAAACCAAAUGAAGCCUAUUUUGGGGUUGCUUUGUGCAUUUUGACAUUAUUUUAAUAAUAAUUUAACACAUUUAUUCAAAAUUCUCAUUACUGUAAUGUAAUGUACUGUAAUAUAGACCUAUACAGACACACACACACACACACCAUAGAGUG